AUGUCAGACGACGAGAUUGUUGCCGGCCCUCCAGGAGCCACAUCGAUAGAUGCACGAGCAUCAUCUGAAACGAAACCCAAAUACCGCUCAUGGCGCAAGAAGUAUCGCAAGAUGAAGACGCACUUUGACCAGGUCAUGAAAGAGAGCAACAGCUUGUUCAUCGACGAGCAAAAGCUCGAUGCCUUGUCCAAGAGGCUGCAGGAGCAGAACGACCAAUUGCUCGACCUUCUCCUCGACCUCAACACGUCCUUGUCCAUCCCACACGAAUUGCGAUUCGAUCUUUCGCUAGCUCCCAAAUCUCAGCAACCCCAAGAAGAACGCGACAUGACCCUCGACACGGCCAACAACAUCAUAGCCAACGCACAUCGUGCCUUCCACAACCAUGAGAUCCCCCAGCUCGACUUUAUCCGUAUACAACAAGACAUAGAAGCCUUGCUGGCCCGCAGAAAUGCCAAGAGCCUGGUCGAUAUGGAGUCACAGAUUCCUCACCCGCGAUACCAACACCCGUUCCAAUCUCUCGUUGCCGAAGCGAAUCCCGCCUUCUUGUCCUCAUCGCACGAGGAUGCUUAUCUCAGUCGCCUCGACAACAAGCUAGAACCCGCUGCCCUCAGCGAUCCUCGCCCACCUUCGCCGCAACUCCUUUCCAAACUCACCCAGCGCGAACUGGAUCGCGAGGUCGAACUACGGAACCCAUUUUCUGUCCACAACUGGCUUAAGAAACAUGGCACAAUCUCCGACAUAGAUGCUGCUUCGGAAGGUGGUUCCGGUAGCGCCCAAACUCCUGCGACAGCCAACAAGCGGCGCAAUCUCGCCAAGCAGGUCGGUGAUAGAGCAAUCGAACGUGCCAGGGAAAAGGAGGGCAGUCCAGGGAGUACUGUAGACAAUGAAGACGAGCUCGCCACUGACGACACACCGGGCAAGCCGAAGAAGGCCAGGGACGACGAUCAAACAUACCGGCCAAAGGGCGGCCGCAGCAAAAGCAAGCGAAAGAGAGAAGAGGGUGAGAAUACUCCUGCGAGGGGCAAGAAGCAGAGAACAAGCCUUAACAUUCCCUCCGAUGCAUGA